GACAUUGCUCAGCCACCCACUGUACCAUUAACUGCUCACCGCCGGACACACACACUCACGUCUACCAAGAGCCUUCUCCAAUAUGUCUAAUAACAAUGAAACUCAACUGGCAAAGAACAUUAAGCCUCAGAGUCUGGUGACGGAGGCUGAUGUGAAGGUUGCGCUUAAAGCGGAUAAGGGUCCCGACGCACAACUUAGUUCAUGGACAGUCGAGGACUUCACCAAACAGGGUGACAACUACGCUUGUGUUGUCAGCAGUGUAAGGGUCAAGUUUUCCUGUCAGGGACAUAAUUCCGAAGUGGUUUAUGUAGUGAAGCUAAACCCCUGCAGGCCCAUGGCAUUUUGGGUGGAUGUUACCGAGUUGUUCUUUUUAAAGGAGUCCAAAUUCUACACGACUUUGGUGCCAGAGUUAAACUCAGCACUGACAACUAAUGGACAAGAGCGACUGAGAGUACCGCGAUGUUUCCACUGCGUCAUGGAAAGUGGUCGAGAAGUUAUAUACUUGGAAGAUCUUCGGCCUUUAGGAUUCAAGAUGUUUGAUCGUAGGAAGGGCCUGGACGUUCCACACGCUGUACUUAUAUUACAAGAACUGGGCAGACUCCACGCCUCAUCACUUGUGUUACAGGCCAAAUCACCUGGAGAAGACAUCAUUCAACGUCAUAACUACCUGUUAAAAGAGUGGACAACCCUUACUGAUUCCACGGUUCAUCUUUUUGAGGAGUGCUUAAGAACUGCAAGAGAUAUGUUGUUGAAAUUUAAGGGAUAUGAAAGAGCGAUAAUUUGGAUAGAAAGCUUAAAACCAAAGAUAAUAGAGAUCCUGAAAGAACAGCUAGGGAGUAGCAAAUACAACGUUGUCUGCCAUGGUGACUGCUGGAACAAUAACGUGCUCUUCAGGUACAAUGAGGAAGGUGUCCCCGUGGAAGUGAUGUUGCUCGACCUCCAGGUAGUCCGCUGGGCCUCGCCAGCCACCGAUCUCAACUACCUAUUGUACACCAGCCUCACUGGAGAAGUCAGGAAACCCAAUUUAGACUCCUUUCUGGCUUCCUACAAUAGCUCCUUCACUAAGGUCAUGGAGGCUGCUCACUUGGACAUGCCCUUUACAGACAGUCAGAUCUACCACGAUUUCAGAGACAAGAACUUGAUUGGUGCCCUAUUUGCUAUAAUGAUAGUGCAGUUCAUUCUUUUUGAACCGGAGGAUAUACCAGACAUGUCAGGGGCUAAGAAUGAAAGUUUCGAGCAACUCAUGAAUGAAUUUAAGGUAAAAUCUAUUGAGCUGCUGGACACAAACCCUCUAAUGCAGCCCAGGUUUUUGUCUGUGUUUGAUGAAAUGAUGGAAGUGGGUCUUAUUCCCUAAACGAGUUCACUGUGACCAAAAAAAUAGUAUUCACACUUGAAAUUCAAUCAAUAUGUAUAAUAUGGUCUUGUUGCGGUAAGUCUCAAAAUAUUCUUAAAUUUAUGAACUUUUCUAGAUUGAGUAGAAUAAGAGGAAUUUUUAGCCCUUAUAAAACAACGAUCAACAAACAAUGAAGGGUACCCAAGUUUUUGUGCAAUGGAAAUGAAUGAGUUGCAGUUCUUCUUCAAAAAAUUCAGGGUCACAAAAACGCAAACAUCUCAAAAACAUAGCAGAAAAAAAUGACAUAUUGGUAGACUCAUGGUGACUCGAUAUAAAAUGUAUGAAGCUACCUUAUCGCAAUGAAUUUGUCCGGUUAGUUCAGUCCCUUAAAUUACUAAACAUUAAUGUUGUUUUUUAGUAUGACUCAACUAUUACUAAUAUAUAUUAAUUAAGAAUAGCCCAACCUUCUAUGUAAAUGAAAGUGUUUACUGUACUCCAUGUAGCAAUUGUAAUGGAAAUUAUGUAGGUCAGGCUGGGAAAGCAUUGCAACUCAGAAUUAA